AUGGCACAAAAUAAGACGAAAAAGGUUGCCGUAAUAGGUGCCGGCAUCAGCGGAGUCUGUUCAGCUGCACACCUGUUGAGACAUGGCCUCGAAGUAGUUGUGUUCGAGAGAUCAGGAAUUGCUGGUGGAGUAUGGCACUUUGACGAGCGCUCAGCUGAGGACCCUUUGUAUCCGAAUGAGCUCCCAUCAAGAGGUGACUAUGAGACAAGACCAGAGCUUGCAUUCAGUACUCCUCCACCAGAGGAUGUAGACAAAGACAAACAGGAGAUUGCUCAUGCACCCCCUGGACCUUGCUACGCUGGACUGAAGAACAACGUCUCAACAAGAGAGAUGAGGACAACUCUGCACUCGUGGCCCGCGGGAACAGAGGAUUUCGUCAACCAAAACGUGUUGGAGGAAUACAUCCAGAACAUUGCAAUUGAGCAUGGCGUCUCCGCGAUUACACAAUACCACACUCGCGUCGAGGAUGUACGAAAGCAGUCUGGAGAAUGGCUCGUGCGGACAACAACACUCCAGAAAGGGCGCACUGGGUUGCGGUUCCUGGAGCGGCGGUGGACUUUCGAUGCCGUAGUUGUGGCGUCGGGACAUUACAAUAUGCCGCGAAUACCAGACUUUCCUGGUCUCAAGGAGUGGAAGCAUGGGUGGCCCGAUCGGGUCUGGCACUCGAAAAGAUAUCGCAGCCCCCGAAUCUUUCAAGAUCAGAAUAUCCUUCUGAUCGGGGCCGGGGUAUCGUCGAACGACAUCGCCAAAGAAUCGGCGGCCUACGCCAAUCACAUUUACCAGAGUUCUCGGGGCGGAGCCUUCGAUCUUCCUGCCAGCUUCUUACCACAUGGCGCCACGAGGAUAGGAGCCGUCAAAGCGUUCCAGUUGAAUGAGGAUCACAAUGUCAGCACCGUAAAUUCAGGACCAAUUCCCGGAAAGGUGAUUCUCGAAAGUGGAGAGGAGUUGACGAACAUACACUCGGUCAUCCUCUGCACGGGAUACAUAACCUCAUAUCCCUUCCUCCCCCAUCUGCACCGGGAUGACGUUCCGGCAAGCCAAGCAGAUAGCACUGUGCUCGUCACCGCGGAAGGGGACAUGGUGCACAACCUGCACAAGGACAUGUUUUACAUUGAGGACCCCUCCCUCGUGUUUGUUGGAGCGCCAUAUCACAUUGCGACAUUCUCGCUGUUCGAAUUCCAGGCCCAGGCAGUCGCACGGGUGUUGAGUGGCAAAGCCGAGCUGCCAUCCAAGCAACAGAUGCGCGAGGAGUAUAAUGAACGGGUACGGACCAGGGGGUUGGGGAGAGACUUCCACAGUCUGAAGGCGCUUGGGGCUGAGGAAGCCUACGUGGACGAUCUUGUCCAGUGGGUGAAUGAGGAUGCUGCUCGGCUUGGAAUCGACGACAAAAUGCAGGGUCACACCCCCGAGUGGCACGUUGCUAAACUUGGCCGAGAAGCAAGAAUGAAGUUGUUGAUGUCAGCGAAGGAGCAGGAGAGGCAGGAGAGGCAGGAGAAGCAAGAAAGGAUUGGAGUGGAAGUGCUGCCCGUAACAGCCAAGACAGCUUGA